AUGCCCUUCCCAAGGGUCAGGACCAGGUUCCACAGUGUCUAUGGCCAGGGUGGGCUCAUGGAACAAGAGUGGAUAGAGAUUUCUGAUUCCUCUACAACCACCAUCAUGAAACCUCUUUCUAUGGACCUGCAGAAUAAAAGAGAGAAGCUGAAGGACCUGGCCCUCCACUUAGUAGAAGACAUCCGCCCGGAAAUGAAAGAGGACAUCUAUGACCCCACCUACCAGGAUGAGGUGGGCCCCGCACCGAAGCUUGAGUAUGUGUGGAGAAACAUCAUCCUCAUGGCUCUGCUGCACCUGGAAGCCCUGUAUGGGAUCACCCUGGUUCCUGGCUGCAAGGCCUACACCUGGCUCUGGGCUUUUCUGUGCUAUGUAGUCAGUAUCCUGGGCAUCACAGCAGGGGCUCAUCGCCUGUGGAGCCACCGGACCUACAAAGCACGGCUGCCUCUGAGGCUCUUCCUCAUCAUUGCCAACUCCAUGGCAUUCCAGAAUGAUGUGUAUGAAUGGACCCGAGAUCACCGUGUGCACCACAAGUUCACAGAGACUCAUGCUGAUCCUCACAAUUCUCGUCGUGGCUUCUUCUUCUGUCAUGUGGGUUGGCUGCUUGUGCGCAAACACCCAGCUGUCAGAGAGAAGGGUGGUUUGCUGGAUAUGUCUGACCUCAAAGCUGAGAAACUGGUGAUGUUCCAGAGGAGGUACUACAAGCCCAGUGUCCUGUUGAUGUGCUUCAUCCUGCCCACACUAGUGCCCUGGUACUGUUGGGGUGAAACUUUUCAGCACAGCUUGUAUGUUGCUGCUUUCCUGCGAUAUGCUGCAGUGCUCAAUAUGAUCUGGCUAGUGAACAGCGUUGCUCACCUCUAUGGAUAUCGCCCUUAUGACAAGAACAUUGAGGCCCGUGAAACUGUCUUGAUUUCACUGGCAACUCUGGGUGAAGGCUUCCACAACUACCACCAUACCUUCCCCUAUGACUACUCUGCCAGUGAGUACCGCUGGAGCCUCAACUUCACCACAUUCUUCAUUGACUGCAUGGCUGCCAUUGGGUUGGCUUAUGACCUGAAGAAAGUACCCAAGGCCUCCAUCUUGGCCAGGAUUAAGAGAACUGGAGAUGGAAGCUAUAAGAGUGGCUGAGGUGGUUGGUCCAGGCUCCUUUUC